AUGAAGCCAUCUGAGUCCCAGCGGCGUGGGGGCGAACAAAGCUGGUGGGGGAGUGCCCCCCAAUACCAGUACAUGCCCUUCGAACACUGCACCAGCUACGGACUGCCCUCUGAGAAUGGGGGCCUCCAGCACAGGCUCCGGAGGGAUGCAGGCCCCCGUCCCAGCGCCCACCCCACGCAGAUUUACGGCCAUCACAAAGAUCAAUUCUCAGACAAGGAGCAGGACAUGGGGAUGCCCAGGAAGAGAGGCUCCAGUACUACCGUGGACAGCAAGGAUGAGGACCACUACUCUAAAUGUCAAGACUGUGUCUGCCGCCUGGGGCGUGCAGUAAGGAGAAAAUUAGGGGAAGACUGGAUCUUUCUGGUGCUUCUGGGACUGCUUAUGGCUCUGGUUAGCUGGAGCAUGGAUUACGUCAGUGCCAAAAGCCUUCAGGCCUACAAGUGGACCUACUACCAGAUGCGGCCCAGCCUGCCUCUACAGUACCUGGUCUGGGUCACCUUCCCGCUUCUUCUCAUCCUCUUCAGUGCCCUCUUUUGCCACCUCAUCUCUCCCCAGGCUGUUGGAUCUGGGAUCCCCGAAAUGAAGACAAUACUUCGUGGGGUUGUCCUGAAAGAAUAUCUCACCCUCAAAGCCUUCGUGGCCAAGGUCGUGGCCCUGACUGCAGGGCUGUCCUGUGGGGAAGGAGGUAGGUGGGUGUCACGGGGGCGGGAGGGCCCCUUUGUCCACAUCGCCAGCAUCUGCGCUGCUAUCCUCAGCAAGUUUAUGUCGGUGUUCUCUGGGGUGUACGAGCAGCCAUACUAUUACGCUGACAUGCUGACGGUGGGCUGUGCCGUGGGCGUCGGCUGUUGCUUUGGGACACCACUUGGAGGAGUGCUGUUCAGCAUCGAGGUCACCUCCACCUACUUCGCCGUCCGCAACUACUGGCGAGGGUUCUUUGCCGCCACGUUCAGUGCCUUUGUGUUCCGCGUGCUCGCCGUGUGGAACAAGGAUGCGGUCACCAUCACUGCUCUCUUCAGAACCAACUUCCGAAUGGAUUUCCCCUUUGACCUGCAGGAGCUCCCAGCCUUUGCCAUCAUCGGGAUCUGCUGUGGGUUCCUGGGAGCUGUAUUUGUGUAUCUGCACCGCCAAGUCAUGCUCGGUGUCCGAAAGCACAAGGCCCUCAGCCAGUUCCUUGCUAAGCACCGCCUGCUGUAUCCAGGGGUCGUCACCUUCGUCAUCGCCUCGUUCACCUUUCCACCAGGAAUGGGUCAAUUCAUGGCUGGAGAGUUGAUGCCUCGUGAAGCCAUCAGCACCCUCUUUGACAACAAUACGUGGGUAAAACACAUAGGUGACCCUGAAAGCCUGGGCCGGUCGGCUGUGUGGAUCCACCCACAGGUCAACGUCGUCAUCGUCAUCUUCCUCUUCUUUGUCAUGAAGUUCUGGAUGUCCAUCGUGGCCACCACUAUGCCCAUUCCCUGCGGAGGCUUCAUGCCUGUGUUUGUGCUGGGAGCUGCAUUUGGAAGGCUGGUAGGAGAGAUCAUGGCCAUGAUUUUCCCAGAUGGUAUCUUAUUUGAUGGCAUCCUCUACAAGAUUCUGCCUGGGGGCUAUGCAGUGAUUGGAGCAGCAGCCCUGACCGGUGCAGUGUCCCACACGGUAUCCACAGCUGUGAUUUGCUUCGAAUUAACGGGUCAGAUCGCUCACAUCCUGCCCAUGAUGGUGGCUGUUAUCUUGGCCAACAUGGUGGCUCAGAGCCUGCAGCCUUCCCUCUAUGACAGCAUCAUCCAGGUCAAGAAGCUCCCCUACUUGCCUGACCUUGGUUGGAACCAGCUCAGCAAAUUCACGAUCUUUGUCGAAGACAUCAUGGUACGUGAUGUGAAGUUUGUUUCAGCGUCUUGCACGUAUAGGGAGUUGCAGACCCUGCUCCAGACCACCACAGUCAAGACUUUACCGCUGGUCGAUUCAAAAGAUUCAAUGACCCUGCUGGGCUCCGUGGAGCGGUCAGAGCUGCAGGCCCUCCUGCAGCGCCACCUCUGUCCUGAGCGGAGGUUGCGGGAAGCCCAGGACCUGGCCAGGAAGCUGUCUGAGCUGCCCUACGAUGGGAAGGCACGGCAGGCUCGGGAGGGGCGCCCCGGCUUCUCACCCCAGGGCCGGCCGGAGUCCUUUGCCUUUGUGGAUGAAGAUGAAGACGAAGACCUCUCUGGGAAGCCCGAGCUGCCUCCUCUUCCUCUUCCUCACCCCCUUUCCACUGCUUCACUGCCCCCUGAAGAGCCCAACGGGCCCCUGCCCAGCCACAAACAGCAACCAGAAGCACCAGAACCUGCAGGUCAAAGACCCUCCAUCUUUCAGUCCCUGCUGCGCUGCUUGUUGGGCAAAACUCGUCCCACAAAGAAGAAAACGAGCCAGGAUUCAACGGAGUUGGUGGAGAACAUGUCGCCGGAAGAGAUUGAGGCCUGGGAGCAGGAGCAGCUGAGCCAGCCUGUCUGUUUUGACUGCUGCUGUAUUGACCAGUCCCCUUUCCAGCUGGUGGAGCAGACGUCCCUGCACAAGACUCACACGCUGUUCUCGCUCCUCGGUCUCCACCUUGCCUACGUGACCAGCAUGGGGAAGCUCAGGGGUGUGCUGGCGUUGGAGGAGCUGCAGAAGGCCGUCGAGGGGCACACCAAGUCGGGGGUGCAGCUCCGGCCCCCGCUGGCCAGCUUCCGGAGCACGACUUCAACUCGGAUGACUCCUGGGGGCCCGCUCCCUCCCGCAGAGGCGUGGAGCCUGCCCGAGGAUGGAACUGGGGCCGCUGGGCCAGACUCUGCGGCUCCUGCCUUACCAGAGACCCUGGAGCCGUCCCCCUCCCCAGAGCCCCCUGUCUCCGUGGCUCCGGCCAAGGUGGAAGGUGAGCUGGAGGAGCUGGAGCUGGUGGAGAGUCCGGGGCCGGAGGAGGAGCUGGCUGACAUUUUGCAGGGCCCUAGUCUGCGGUCCACUGAUGAGGAGGAUGAAGAUGAACUGAUCCUUUGA